AUGUCGUUCUCGACUAGGCGCCUCGCUCUCCGGGAGACGUCGCACGCCUUCUUCUCUGUCUCUUCUUUGUCCUCCUCGAUGCUACGCCAGCCUUCAUCUCUCUCUUCUUGCCUCGCGCCUCAGGCCUCAGCUUCUUCUGUCGCCUGCUCGCCGUGUUUUACGCUUGUUUCUUCUUCUCGCUUCUGUAUGCGGUUUGCCUCCACGACGCCUCCGUUCUCUUCUUCGCCCCGCGCGCGCCAAGCCGCCACGGCCGCGGCCGCGGGAAAGGCUGCGGCGGCCGCAGCCAAGCGACGCGAAGAAAAAAAAAUCCUCGAACGAUGGGCGAAACUCCGGAACGGCAUGAAAGUCGGUGGCGCCAUACUCGCGUCCCUCGCCGUCGGCGCAGGCGGCUUGGUCUGGUUUCUCUCCUCCGUGAAGCGCCGGCAUCCCCCGCCUCCUGUCGACCCGGUGACGGCGCUUCCGCGGCCGCUCCAUGAGAAGCUGUCGCUGUCGCCCGUCCCACGUUCAGCGCGUAGCACCGACCCGUCCGCGCCGUUUCCCAACAUCUUUUUGUCUGCGCGCGCGCUGCACGAGAUCGUCGAGCGGUAUCCGUCCUUUCCUGCUACCAAGUCUCUCCUUUUUGAAGCAGCCUCGCACGUGCUCCCGAUCGAGUUCCAGCUCCACAUGCGCGACGCGUUCUGCGAGCUGCUCACGCGCCGUCUCUCGGCGCUUGUGAAGAAACGCCCGACGGCCGCUUCUUCUGCUGCUGCUAGGCCGGGCGCAGCAGAGGCUGCGGAGCCGCUCUCCGCCGAGGCGGUGCGGGCGGCGGUACAGGAGGCGUGGAGGCAGCUCGACAUCGCGCGGGGGCCAGAGAGUUGGUAUGCGGAGAGCGACCGCGGCUUCUUCGCGCGAGUCAACUUUGAAUGCGAAAUUUCGGCGCUCCUGCAGGGGCUCGCGCGCCUGGAGGAGGACGCGUCGUGCGGCUCGCGGAAGGCCGUCGUGCGGGCGUUCGUCGAUAGCGUAAAAGGCAAGCUGUCGGACGUACUCGUGACUAACUGGCAGCGCCAGCGAUACUUUGAUCCGCUCACGUUCCAGAAGAGCGUCUUCGCCCGGCGCAUCUCUUAUGAGGCUGCUGGUCGCGACGUCGGCACUCCAAGCGCCCUCUACUCCUACGCCGACAAAGACGUGCCUGUGCAACUCGAGAGAUGUACCUCCCCUGCGCCUGUGUCCGCGCCGCCGGCCGCGUCCUCGUCGCCGUCCUCCUCCUUUUCUCGGAUGUCCGUUGUUGUUGACUUCUUCCUCCGCCCGUUCCGUUCUUCUCCCGCACCCGUUUGCUCCUCCCCUUCCUCUUCUCCUUCCUCAUCUUCUUGUCCGUCUUCUGCUCCCUCUCCCUCUACUUCCUCUUCUUCUUCGCUUUCAGAGGAGCCGUUGUUCUUGGGAACUCACGAGAUUCAGAAGGCGAAGGAAAACUUGCGAGAGUUCGGCGUGUGCAUCCUCCGCGGCGCCUUGACGCGACAGCAGCUGGAGGUGCUCAGGCAGACGCUGCAUUCUGACGAGGCGAUGGCACUGACUUCGGCGAUGGCCAUGCAAGAGGAUGAUCCGAAUGUCUGGUGCACGCGCCCGACCACAGGUCGUUUGCACUGUCUGUUGCGAGGGACGCUGCUGGAGACUCCGCUGGCGGAAGUGCAGCGCGUGUGGAUGCCGCUGGUCUUCGCGUACAUGCCAAGCGAAGGCAGCGGCGUAUACACUUCUGAGCCGAAUGCGCGGCUCGUUGAGGCCUGGAAGAAGCAGCCGGGAGAGAAACAGAGCUCCGAGCAACAGGCGAGCGGCGGGAAGGCGAGCGCCGCACACGCAGCGGCGAACGCGACCUCCGGUCAAGAAGAUCUCGAUGACAGCGGAGCAGACCCCGAGAAGGGUCUCCUCGCAGUCAGCCGGCUUGGAAAACGCAUCUACGUUUCCGACAUGCAAACGGUCGACGCAGAUCCUUUGGCGAUCACACAGCCCUGGCACCGCGACACAAGCGCGCCCGGUUUAACGAUUCUUGUUCCGUUGCGCGACGUCACCGAGGCGAACGGCCCCACCGAGCUCCUCCCGCGCUCGCAUCAUCUCUAUCCAUCGCAGCCGCAGGGGAUGUCUGAGCGCUUGGCGCACUGGAAGUCCUUUUUCACAAGUUUGUUUUGCGAGACCGGCGGAUCUCUGCGCCCGGCUCUGAAGGCUGGCGACGUCCUUAUCUACGAUUCGCGAACGAUUCACAGAGGCUUAGGCAACAGCACCUGGCACUCGCGGCCCGUCCUCGCCUUCCGCUACGACUACGAAGAUCAUCCGCCACCGGGAGAAUACGCAAAGCGCUGGAAGUCGCGGCGCACGUUGCUUUUCGGUCGAGCGUUGGAGCGGGUACUCGACGUCUACAAGGAUCUCUGA